UUUGAUAUCAAAAUGUAUAAAUACCAACACUUCUCGUAUUUCUUACAUAGUAAUAUUUUACUACGAUCAACUUCACUACGAACAACUUUACGAACUUCUUCAAGAUGGUGUUCAAAUACGUUUUUUGCGUUUUGCUUUCAAUUCAGCUAAUCAAUGCAGCUGUAGUCAAAUCGUAUGACAAUAAAGAUACUCUGGUUGAACUUGAAGAGAGAAUCAUGCACAUUGGAUCUACAAGUGUAAGAAAAGGCGAGGACUUCAAAAUUUCUUUCCAUUACAAUACCGCCGAAAUAAGAAACACGGGCGUAGGAGUCGGUGCAGCUGUCUUGGUAUUUUACGAAAUUUACAAAAAUGGUACAAUCGAUGAAAAAGGUGAAUGGGCACGUGAAUGUUUCGAAAUUCCACCAAUUCUACACGACGUGAAGGCAGCAAGAAAAGAACUACUGAAUGAUUUCGAGAGAUGUAUUGCUAAUGCAACUUAUCAAGUUGAUAGCAUUGCUAUCAAAGGCAUCAGGAUUAAUCAAGAUGCACAUGACCAAGUUAGCCAUUGGGAUGGGGAAUAUUUGAAAUGCGAUGGUGAUGUCACAUGCCAAGAUGGCGUUCUGGAUACACUCAAAGGUCUGGCUGAGAAAUUCAGUGAUGAAUUGAGUCAAUUCGAAGAAGCUAUUCUUAAUUUUCAUACUCAUGACAUAGAUGCAGUCGGAAUUUGUGUACGUGCUGCUUAUACAGAUUUGAAUGACAAUUCGGUGGAAAUUCUUAAUGUUAUUUGGAACUGUUUAUCUGAACAUCAGUAAUUGAUUGAUAAAUAAAUAGAUAAAGUAACUAAUGGGUAUAAAUUGUUGAGUUAAUAUUUAAUGUUAUUCAGUAGUGUUUUGCACACGUCUCUAUCCUCACCUUAAAAAAAUGCAUUUCAAGUGUCUGAUAUUUGUUUUCGCUACAAUUCAGCUUGUUCAUUCCGGCGUCAUCAGAAGUCAUGAGGCAGAAUUUUUCGUACUUCUAGAUAAAAUCCAACUUAUUGGUUCCCAAAGUGCACAAAAGAACGAUUAUGUCAUUUCGGUUUUCGAUGAAUACACGAAUCGCUUACAAGACUUUGCACAAUCGUUUGUAAACGUAUCCGUUGAGGCAUUUGAAUUAGCAAAGCAACAGAGCAAUGAAGACUAUGGUAAUUGGACAGCGGUUUGUUACGAUUCCGAGGCAGAUAACCUCACCAAAGCCAACGAUCAAUUAUUCGCUACUUUGAACGGCUGCAUUGCAACGACGACCAUUGACAAAGAUGCAGUUUUACAAGCUGGUGACGAGAUAACCGGACUGGCUAAUGAGAAAUUGAUCAAUGAACUGACUGGAUUCUGGAAUUACUGUGAUGGAGACGAGAAAUGUCAAGAACCUGUUUAUACCUAUACUAUACUGAUCGAGCAAAGUUUAUCGAAAAAAUUAUCGGAGUAUGAAUUAUCAGUGGCAUAUUUCACUCAUGAUGGGAUAAGAAAUUUGGGAAUUUGCGCAUAUACUGGAUUUGAUGAGGAACAUGGUGAGGUUUUGGGAUUACUUUGGGAUCGCAUCAAUACAUGCCUUCUUAAUGGUGAACCAAAACAAUAAAUGCUUGACUUACCUUGAUUUUUUCGGGAAUUUUUGGAAAAUUUCAAUAAAAAAAACAAAAAUAUAUAAAA